AAUGUUGUAAAUACUUACCGAAAUUUAUUUACAAUACAAUACCUGUAUUAUUUUCAAAACGUUAAAUUAUAUUUCUGCUUUCUGGUAAACAUGGAUAAAUUAAGAUUUCAUAUAGUGGACUAUGUUGUUAUGGCAUUGUUUCUUGUUAUUUCAACUAUAAUUGGAAUAUAUUACGGGUUUUUUAAGCAGCAAUCGACAACAGAAGAGUACCUUCUUGGUGGACGCCGAAUGCAUCUAUUUCCGGUAGCGUUAUCGUUAUUGGUGACGUAUCAGUCUGCGAUAUCUGUUCUAGGAGUUCCGGUCGAAGUUUAUCUGCACAACAUGAUGUUUUUAUACCUUUACUUUGCAAUUUGCCUUGGAUAUUUAAUACAAGCACUUUUAAUAGUUCCACUUGUUUACCCGCUUAGGUUAACAAGUACAUACGAGUAUCUAGGGCAACGAUUUCAGUCUCGAUCAGUUCAGCUGCUUGGUACUGUUAUUGGAAUGUUACAAACACUUCUGUAUAUGAGUAUAGUCCUUCUAGCUCCAGCACUUGCUCUAGAAGCAGUUGCUGGGGUUCCGCUAUGGUUGUCUGUCAUUAUCAUUGGUGCCAUUGGUACCAAUUUUUUACAUCCUUUUUUUGGGAAAAUUAAAACUUUUUACAGAAUGCACGAACUAUACUACUUUUUACAAAGCAUCAAUUGUUUAUUUAAGGGUGGACUGAGAACAGUAAUAUGGACGGACGUGUUCCAGUUUGUAGUUCUGUACGGCGGUCUUAUGGUAAUAUUAGUUAUGGGUGGAAUAAAAGUCGGAGGUUUCACAAAAAUAUUUGAACUCGCGUACGAAGGGGAGAGAACUGCAUUCAAUAAAAUGAGUGGAGAUCCGAGAGUACGACAUACUGUAGUUGGACUAUUGAUUGGCGGGAUAUUUCAAUGGUUACCAAACUGUUGUAAUCAGCCGGCUGUACAAAGAAUUUGCUCUAUGAGGUCUGAAAGAGAUGCAAAAAUAUCGACUUAUUUGACAAUUCCACUGAUGUUAGUGUAUGGUGUUAUCCUAACUAUCACCGGGUUGUUGUUGUAUGCUUACUUCGUGAAUGAACAGUGCUGUCCUAUUGAGUCUGGAAAAGUUGGAAACGCGAACCAAUUGAUGCCAUAUUUUGUGAUGCACGUGCUAAACGACGUCCCCGGCCUUGGGGGAAUAUUUAUAGCCGCUUUAUUCAGCGGUGCAUUAAGUUCGUUGUCGUCAGGGAUCAACUCUAUGUCAGCCAACACGCUACAAGAUAUCCUUGUUAACUGUCUAGAGAAUGUGACACAGCAAAGAAAAACAAUGAUUGCUAAAGUGAUUGUGUUGGCAUAUGGUGUUCUAGCAGUUAUAUUGGCGUAUAUGGCACGUAAUCUCUCUGGCCCAGUAUCACAGAUGGCGCUUUCAGCAUUCGGAUCAGCAGGUGGUCCUGUAGUUGGAAUAUUUUUUCUAGGAGCAAUGUUUCCUCAAGCUAAUUGGAUUUACAAUACGUCACAUAUGACGCAGACAUCAGCGUUUAUGUCCACUACUGUAAGUACACCUACAUCAGAUGGGCAUUUUCCCCUGUACGACAUGUCCUACGCAUAUUUCGGUUUGUUUGGAUUCCUUUUAACAAUGGUGAUUGGUCUGGUUGUAAGUUUCCUAUCAGGAAGAAAUAAAUGCCAGGACAUUGAAGCAAAGUAUAUUUUUCCGUACUUCAGAGAUUUCUGGAAAUUGGAAAACAAAGAAAUACCGUCGUCAAUUCCAGGUUCAUACACGUUCGAAUUCAAGGAAAAUGGAAAGCAACAAGACGACGGCGAUUUAAAGGCUGAGCUUGAAAAGUUAAAUACAAUUGAGAUUGAAGUGAAGAAAGAACACUCUCCUUAAUCUCUCAUUUGUUUCUUACUCUGUUUUGACAUUUUAAUACAAGUUGCAUUUUUUAUCAAUUCUUGGUCGACUCAAAUUUUAAAAUAAAUUUUCAAGUCUCAGACGGUGUAGUAUAAGCGUUGCAAUGAAGUUUAAUAACAUAACUUUGCUCCUUCUUGAAAAUGAUGUCAUUUUUGCAACACAAGGUGUACGUACUUUCAAUGCCUAUAAAAUAAGCUGUUUAUUUGCAUAUGACGCCAUGAUUGUUACUAAAUAUCAUGCAAUGGUAUUAUAUGAUGCAAACAUAAAAAAAUGAGAGUUCGCAAUAAAACUUCAAUUUUUAGCAGCUUUUUAUUGGAACUUUCAUAUGUGUCAUCAUUCGGUGCAAUGGUUAUUGUUGACAGUGUUUACAAAAAUAAUUAUAUUUAUUUUUUUAAUAAGAGAAAUUCAUUUAGGAAAUUAAGAUAUUUCGGAAUAAGACUGCCUCACAAAUUUCCUGAUGAAAUUAAACUAUGUAUAC